UGGUUCUAGGGGGAAAACGGAUCUAGUGCUCUAGGCGACUGACAGUGAAUUACGACCCAGGCCUGCAUGUUAGUAGGCUUAGUAGCAUAGACCCGCGUUCGACCGUCUGGUUCAAGGAAACAGCCGCCUCCGGCAUCCAGAGCAUCAGUCAAGUAGGCUUAGCAGGGUAGAUCCGUGGUGGACCAUCAGGAAAUAGCUAGUUCCGGCGUUUCGGCGUUAUUAGUCAUGAUAGGGCUUUAGGCUUCGAUCAGUGUGGUUGCAAGGAUUCUGGCGAUCGGUGAUCGACGAGGGUUGGUGCACAGGCAGAGCCUCUUAAAGCUUCUUCAGACCGCUGUCAUCUCAGAGUCCACCUCUCCCUUCAGGCAAUUCGUGCUUUAUUAUCAGAAAAGGGGGCUCUCUGAAGCCGCAGCUUCUGUUUCGUUUUUCUCGCAUAGCCUUCCCGGCUCUUUUUCCCUAGUCGAUUUUCAGCUACACGUGUCGUCACCGGAAUGGCCCAGGAGGUGGUAGAGGCGUGCGCUCAGCAGCAGUGGUCGCGUGCCGUUAAGCUGCUGACGUCGCAAAUAACGGAGGCGGAAGAGGCUAGCGGGAGCCCAGCCGAGAUCGCGAUGUCGCUCUGCAACCGCGCGUGGUGCUACCUGCACCUGGACCUCAACAAGCACGCGCUCAAGGACGCCACCAGAGCCACGCAGCUCGCGCCCAGUCAGCCUCUCGCCUUCAUGCGCCAAGGUGCGGCGUGGCUGGCGCUGGGCAAGAAGGACGAAGCCAAGGCGGCCUUCGCCCAGGGCUACCAAGCCGCCACCACCACAGCUACCACCGCCGCCACCCUCCAUGCCUCGUCCUCCGUCGACCUUGAAUUCGCCCUGCGCCUGCACAUGCUCUCCAUCGACCCGUCCUCGCCUCUAUCCCCCACGUCCAAGCUCCGUUCUCCUUCUCACCAGGCCCAAUCCGCGAGCGCAGGGAAUGCGUCUUUUGCCUCUGCGGAUUCGCCUCGUGCUGAUGCGCCUGUGUCCUCCCCUCGUGCUCCUACAGCUGCUGCUGCUGGCCAGAAUGGUUCAGUGAUUGUAGAGACAGGCUCGGGAGAUGCGUCGCCAGGCAAGGCCAAAGGGAAGGGGAUGAAUGGGGAGGUUGCGACUGGGGAAGGUGGGAAGGUGGGGGGUGGUGCGUCACCUAGUGAGCAGAAGAAAGAGGGGAAGAAGAAGGCGAGUGGGGAAGGGAGUGGAGGAGGAAAGGGGUUGGGAGCACGUGGCAGCCUGGCAUUGGAUUUGAUGAUUUCACUCGGGAUUAACCAGGUCAAUUCUGGGAAGCUUGACGAUGCGGUCAAGACCUUCGAUCAGGUUCUGGAGUCGGACAGCCGCGCCCUGGGUGCGCUGGUGGGGCGGGGCACAGCGCGGGCGCUGCAGCGCAAGCUCAAAGAGGCGGUGGCUGACUUCACUGCUGCCAUUGAGAUCGAGCCACGAGCAGCAGAGGCGUGGAAGCGGCGGGCACAGGCCAGAGCUGCGCUGGGGCAGAUGGACGAGGUGAUUGAGGACUUCACUCGAGCGUUCACCAUCGACCCCUCCGCCACUGACGUGCUAGCUGAGAGGGGAGUGGUGUAUGUGAAGCAACGGAACUACCGUGCAGCCAUUUCCGACUUAAAGACAGCUCUGGACUCCAACACCAAGGACGCCAACGCGUAUAACUUCCUUGGCCUGGCGCUGACAGGCACAGGGGCGUGCCUGGAUGGUGUUGCGGCGUACAAGAAGGCUGUGGCCCUGCGCCCAGAUUUCAAGGACGCGUGGGUUAAUAUGGGGCAGGCUUAUAAGGAGUAUGGCGAUGCUGAGAAUGCUGCCAAGUGCUACCAGAGAGCCCUGGAGGUGGAUUCAAGCUUUGCCACGGUGUAUCGCUACUGGGCGCUGCUCAAGCAUGGGGUGGGCGACCACAGGGGCGCGGCGCAGAUGGCGCAGAAGGGGCUGAAGCUGGAGCGCAACAACAUCGAGCUCAUGUACUCCUAUGCCUCGUCCGAGCAUGCUGUGGGCGAAUACGCCACCGCGGUGCGCACGUACGACGAGAUGCUGGGCGUGGAGACGGACUCGGAGUCGAAGUUGCUGCAAUUCCUCGGCUUCUACCAGCGCGAGAUCGCGCUCUACACGCUCCACAAGCACGCCGCUCCGCUCGCUGACUUUAGUCUGGACAGGGACCUCGACCCCUUCUUCAAGGAAGCGUGGUGCAAGAAGCUCCCGCCCACGCUGCUGUUCCCUGGUUACUCCACGCAGCCAGUGCCCCCAUCCAUCGCUGUGCGCCUGGGGAAGAAGGGGUCCUCUGCCGCGGGGGGCAGCAGCAGCAGCGGCGGCAGCAGCGGCAGUGCUGGCGGCGGUAGUGGUGGUGGGGGCGGCCUCAAGGGCGGUGGGAGUCAGGAGGUGCAGCGGCUGCUGGAGAUAGCAGACCGGAUAGGGCGGCGCACGCAGUACUCAUGCCCUGGCUUCCAUGCCAAUGUCCGCCAGUACCGCAUGGCUGGGCUUGCUGCCAUUGAGAUCGCCCAGGCUGUAGCAGCCGCCUGGGAGCAUCGGGAGGAGGAGGCUGCUGCCGCUACAGCUGCUGCUAAUGCUACAGCCGGUGGCAGUGCCUCGCCUGCAUCAGCUGCAGCCGCCGCUGUUCUUGCUGAGUUGGAGGAUGGAAGCGCUGAUGUGUCGUCCUUCUCCAAGUCAUCUGCUGCUGACGUGUCGUCAUCUCCGAGGUUAUCCUCUGAUGACGUCUCGCUAUCGCAUCUCUCAUUGGACGACUCUCUGACUGACGAUGGGGGCAGCAGCAGUGGGAGCGAGGCAGUGGCAGGGGGGUGUAGGAGUCAGGAGGACAGGAGGAAGGGAGGGGGGGCGGGGAAAAGCGGUGGAGGCAAGGGGGGCAAGAGCAAGGGUGGGAAGGGAGGGGGGCGAGGGAAGGGAGGAGGUGGAAGUGGAGGGAAGGGUAGCUCUGCAGGUUCAGGGGGGGUUGGGGCAGGCACAGGUGCAGGGCAAGGGAAGGGGGGAGGGGCGUCAGGGGGCCUGACAGCUAAGGGCGUGGCAAUAAAGGGGUGGAGGGACGCUUACUCAAUUGCGGUGCGGUGGAGGCAGCUGUCGGAGCCGUGUGACCCGGCUGUGUGGGUUGACAUGCUCACGGAGAAGGAAUUCCGAGCGGGCUUUGGGUCGCACACGCCUAUCCUCAUUGGCCAGACCAAGGUGGUGCGCUACCAUGCCAACUUUGACAGGGCGUUCGCCAUAAUGAAGGAGGAGAUGCUGCGGUCGGGUGCGGUGCACAACGCUGCCAACAACAGAAUACCCAUCGAUGACCCCGCCCAGAAAGCAGCGGUGGCGGCAGCCAGGGCGUGUGAGGACCUGUACCGCGUGGUGGGGGAGGACUUCUGGAUCGUCACGCCCUGCCACAGCAUGGUGGACCCAGGGAAGGUUCUCGAGGGCACACGACUCACGCUUGUGAAGACGCCCACGGGGUUUGACUUUGCCAUCCGCACGCCCGGCACGCCCUCGCGGUGGGCGGACUACGACGCGGAGAUGACAGCCGCAUGGGAGGACCUUUGUUUGGUGGUGGGGGAGAAGAUGCAGGGGGGUGCGUGGAGGCCACCUCUUGGUCCCUCGAUGGCGCGAUUCCAGCGAGCCGUGCUGCGCCUCGCCUAUUACUGGUACAAUUUCAUGCCGCUGGCACGCGGCACUGCCAUGGUGGGUUACGUGGUAAUGCUGGCGCUCUUCCUCGCGGCGCAGCUGCAGGUCACCGCCACCAUCCCACCCAAGUUGCAGGUGGACUGGGAGGCGAUUCUCUCCUCGCGCUUUGAGACCUUUGCAGGGGCUGUGAUGCCGUGGCUCGCCCCCUCCGUCACACCCCUCACCGACCCCGCGCUGCCCUCCAUCCCCUCGCUGCCCACCCACCUGCCCUCCGUCGCCGCUGCCGUUGCCGCUCUCUCCACGCCCCCGACGUCCUCCCGUUCUCCCGUGCCUGCUCGCUCGUAGACGAGCUUUGAGAUUACUGCACCAGCCAGGCACAGCAAAUGCACCGGUGCCUCCCUCGCCUCCUGGUGGUUAGCUAUCUGCCUGCCCCAGGCCAGGGAGAUGCAUGUGUGCCUCCCUCGCUUGUGUGUUUCUUGGUAGAGUUUCCUGGAUCGUUCUGUUCGCUUGCAGCACAUUCGUCUGCUGUGGUAGGAGGCUAGUUCCUCCCGUCCCGUGCUGGUUUAGCCCCCUCUGCUGUCGCUUUCUGCUUUGGAAGCCUAUAAAGGUGAAUGCUGGGCCGCAUUUUAAGGAUGUGAUUGCUGGU